AUGGGAAGUUCCCACCUGUCCUGGGAAGUUCUCCUCAUUAUAUGGGAAGUUCCCACCUGUUCUGGGAAGUUCUCCCCCGAAUAUAGGAAGUUCCCACCUGUCCUAAGAAGUUUCCCUACACUCCAACAGAACCCUCUUCGCCCCAAGAGAAGCACCAUUUCCCUAGCUGUCUUCUUCCGCCGGAAAAUCUUCCGUCAAAUUCAGCCCAUGACCCACGAGAAGAACCGGAUACGAAAGAAAUGGAGGGACGCGCACAGAGAGCGGCAGAGAGUGCUUCCUAUCCCGAAGAGAAUCCAAUGGGGUCCAUAUAAUUUGGAUUUUCCGACCUUUGACAGCGCAGGCAUUCUUGAGCUUCGGAAAUUCAUACAAGAGUUGGAUAACGAAGCGAAUUGGGCGAAACCGAGAGAGCAUAUUAUCGCCGAUAUUAUGGAAAGUCUACGUAUGUCCAAGACCAAGAGUCCACUGGAGAUUAUCGCAAUGGUACCAUCGAUUCUCCCAACAUCGGACGGGGACUUGUUUCUUUUGAACGAUUCGCAGGCUCUGUACGAUCGCCUUGAGCAAAAGUUUGAGAAGCCGCUACUUCACCGAGCGUCGCUGUCUGGAAAUUCACUCUGUGGUCGCAAACUGACCUUGGAUGCGUUCUGGAAGCAUCUCCGGGAGCAGCCGAACAAGACGAUAGACGUUUACGACUACGCGGUGGUAGAGCCGACUUCGAGAACACGAAGAUUGACAGUCCAGGAAGUAUUGUUACAUUGGGAGCUCCCAACGCAGGAGCGACAUGCUCUCAACCUCCUGGAAAUCGAGAAUAGAAUCGGGGACUUCUGCCCAACCGAAAUAGUCCAACAUGAUCUUCACAGCAAACUAUCUCUUCUACCUCCGGAUAACGUUGGAAAAACCGACUCAAACUGGAAAAAUAGUCGAAAAGAAUUUUUCCUUCUUAGCGGGGCAAACGCGAUAUCAUCUAUCCAUGUGGACAAUGGAGGUCAGCUAACGUGGAUUCUAAUCCUCGAAGGUCGGAAGAUCUGGUACUUCCCACGUAAACCGACUAGCGAUGCUCUCCGGCUGUUGGCUACUACGGGCUCUCAGUGUCCUCGAGGAUAUGAAGAAGGCUGGGCACGGGUUGAGCUAUGCGCGGGGGACCUGUUAAUUAUGCCUCCCAGUUGUCCACAUGCGGUGUUCACGCCAGAUGACUGCCUUGCUGUUGGUGGCCAUUUCUACACGGCUGCACACCUUGGUUCAACGCUCCGAGGGCUCAAACUUCAGGAAGACUAUCCAGCUAUAUGCAACGAAGACCUACUUCCCGACUUCUAUGAUGUUCUCCGUAGCGUUUUCCAGAACGCGCAUAGCAUCAGCUCGUCUCUACAGCAAUCAGAGAUCUUGUCAUCAUCUUGCUUAUUCCUGGAUGUCCUCGACGUGGCAUCCCUGGCCCCUUUGUUCAAAGCUAAUAGGCGCAACAGCAACUCUCGUGGCACUACUAAUCAACACUCCAAAGUCUUGAAACAACUGGAAUCAAAGCUGACUAGCCACGGAUGUCUUCCGACAAAUCGUCCCCUCUUUCUUGAUGCCUUGGAAAGUUUUCAGAGAAAGAUUCUAGAAGAUUUAGAGGACGAGUCAUAA